AUGGACUGUGAUCAUGAGGAUGAACAUGGUGGCCGCUCACUGACUGGAUCAGAAUCUAGCUUUCGUGAAGAUGAAGCACAAAUUAAUUCAGCUCUUGCUAUAUCCACUUUUCAGCACUCUGACGUGCGUAUAAAAGAAGUUCCAGCAGAUGUGAAAACGGCAUUUCAGGAUGAUCUAAACCCUCCUGUGAGCAACAUCAGCGAUGCCUUUCCUGUCUGUGUUCAACUGCCUGCAAACCAUCUUAAAAAUAUGGCCACUUAUAAAACAACACACCGUCAUCGCAAAAUCAGCCAUUGUUCCUCCUCCACCAUCAGAAGUGGAAUGAGCCUGAGAGCCCCUGUAGAAGAUCUGUGCGCGUCCGUCCUGUUGGCGUGUCUGUUCUGCAGAUUUUGGGACUGCGUGCUGGCGUUGGGUGACGGGUGUCAGUUCUGCGUGGCGUCUCUAUGUUCCUCCUUCUGCUCGAGCAUGUGCUGCUGCGAUCCUUCCUCUCUGGAGGAACUGAUAGAUUUGUGUCCGUGCUGCAGUUGUGCUGAAUAUGUUGAGGCGUGCGGCUGCAGCUGUGGAGAAAACACCUUCGACUGCUCCAUCUGCGACCUGUGUCUGCAGACCAGCGAGUGUCUGGAGCUCGGCAUGGAACUCUCGCAGCUGCUGUUUCACUAG